AUGGAAAUUAUCAAUAAACUAAAGAAACUUCUAAAAGGAGGUUCACAUGCGGAUGCUACCUGGCGGUUUCUCUUCUCGUUGACGCUUGUAACCACUAUUUGUUGUGUUUUCGGAUUUUUCUCUCCGUUUUGGUUCAUUGAUGAAGUGUGUUCCGAUCGUGGACUCUUCUAUGAUUGUUGUGGUGAACAAAACAAUGUUACUUCCUGUCAUACAGCAGCAUGGUUUUCGGAAGGAUCCGUGACCGAAGGUUUGAUUGCAGUUCUCGUUUUGGGAUUGUUGUCUAUACUAGGUGCAAUUGGAGGCAGUGUGGCAACAAUCAUCAUCUUUUUCAAUGGCGUCAAAUUCCAUUAUCUAUCAACAAGAUCUGUGUUUUUUGUUGGAUUUGCCAGUGGAUCUCUUAUGGUUUCGUCAUGUCUGCUGUUCUUGCAAGAAAAAGGUCAUCAUUCCCUCGGUACAUCGUUCUACCUAUGUCUGGUAUCUGGUGCCCUUCAGAUGGUACCGAUCCUUGGCUUUAUGUUUUCGAAACAACAGAUUGGAUUCUAA